AUGAACCAUCACGGAACUACCCGUGCCCUUCCAAAUGCCCCCAAUGGGUAUGUACCAGUUAAUUUUAGCUGCUCAGUCAACAAACCAGCCAUUCGCAAUGCGGGAACACUAUCUCCCGAUGAAACAUCCUGGCUGGGAGCCCGGAGACAAGAGACUGUUUCCGCCAUGAAAGAUCUAUUUAAAACCCUCGACAUGAGCUCGUUCGAUGCAUUGUCGUAUAUCAACCAGUACUCUUCCAACAUUACUGAUCUUCCCAACAUCGCGAUUGCCGUGUCGGGUGGAGGUUACAGGGCAUUGACGGAUGGAGCCGGAGCCCUGAAGGCAUUUGAUAGCCGCACCGCAGGAUCAAAUGCAACGGGACAUCUGGGUGGUCUGCUUCAGUCAGCAACAUACGUGUCGGGCUUGUCCGGAGGUGGCUGGUUGUUGGGUUCCAUCUACCUCAAUAACUUUACAACCGUCUCCAGUCUUCAGUCACACAGGAGUCUUUGGCAGUUUCAAAACUCAAUCAUGAAGGGACCGGAAAAGAAAGGACUGGGAGCUUGGAACACUGCAACUUAUUUCCAUGAUCUGGCUGAUGCGGUCAUCGGAAAGAAGAAUGCUGGUUUCAAUACUUCUUUCGCAGAUUUCUGGGGCUGCGCGCUCUCAUACCAGCUCAUCGAUGCACCUGACGGAGGACUUGAAUAUACCUGGUCUUCAAUUGCUUUGACUGAAGACUUCAAAAAUGGAAAGAUGCCUCUGCCGUUGUUACUUGCCGAUGGACGAAAUCCUGAGGAAACCUUGGUGGGAAGCAAUUCCACCGUUUAUGGAUUCAAUCCUUGGGAAUUCGGCACUUUUGAUCCAUCCAUAUUUGGAUUUGCACCGUUGCAAAAUCUCGGGUCUCAUUUCGAGAACGGCGUGGUGACGGAAGACAUCUGUGUUCGAGGAUUCGACAACGCUGGAUUCAUUAUGGGCACAUCGUCCAGUCUUUUCAAUCAAUUCAUCCUCAGACUGAACACAACAGACCUCCCUUCAAAUUUGAAGUCAAUAUUUGCCAGCUUACUCCAGGAUCUUGGCGACCGCAAUGAUGAAAUUGCGGUCUAA